UAUUCAGGUCACUUCUAUAAAUAGCACACCCAAUAUCUCCAUAUUUCACACACCAAUAGCAAACAAUAACUUAGCAAAGAAUCAUAUCAUAUACUGAGUGCUUGUGAGUGAGAGAAAGAGAGAAGAAAAGCAAUGGAGAACUUCCCAGUGAUUAACAUGGAGAAGAUGAAUGGAGAAGAGAGGGCAGCCACCAUGGGGCUCAUCAACGAUGCCUGUGAGAACUGGGGCUUCUUUGAGUUGGUGAACCAUGGAAUUCCUCCGGAGCUAAUGGACACAGUGGAGAGAUUGACAAAAGAGCACUACAAGAAGUGCAUGGAGCAGAGGUUCAAGGAGCUGGUGGCAAGCCAGGCUCUAGAGGGGGUCCAAGCUGAGGUUACAGACAUGGAUUGGGAAAGCACCUACUUCUUGCGCCAUCUCCCCCAGUCCAACAUCUCAGAACUACCCGAUCUCGACGAGGAAUACAGGAGGGUCAUGAAGGAUUUUGCUGAAAGGUUAGAGAAGCUAGCAGAGUAUCUCCUGGACUUGCUAUGCGAAAACCUUGGACUAGAGAAAGGAUACCUAAAGAAGGCCUUCUAUGGAGCAAAGGGUCCUAAUUUUGGCACCAAGGUUGCCAACUACCCGCCGUGUCCUAAGGCAGACCUGAUCAAGGGGCUGAGAGCUCACACUGAUGCUGGUGGCAUCAUCCUCCUCUUCCAGGAUGACAAGGUCAGUGGUCUCCAGCUCCUCAAGGACGACCAGUGGAUCGAUGUCCCCCCAAUGAAACAUUCCAUCGUCAUCAACCUUGGCGACCAGCUUGAGGUGAUAACCAAUGGCAAGUACAAGAGCGUGCUUCACCGUGUGGUGGCACAAACAGAUGGCACCCGGAUGUCAAUAGCUUCUUUCUACAACCCUGGCAAUGAUGCUGUUAUCUAUCCAGCACCGGCAGUGGUUGAGAAAGAAGUACAGGAGAAGGAAGUUUACCCGAAAUUCGUGUUCGAUGACUACAUGAAGCUGUAUGCUGCCCUGAAGUUCCAGGCCAAGGAGCCAAGGUUUGAAGCCAUGAAAGCCGUGGAAGCUAAUGUAAAUCUAGGUCCCAUUGCAACAGUUUAAAAGAGUCAAUCCAUAUAUAUAGAAGAAAGGGAUGUUUGUUUGGGUUGGAAAGGGUGGAUGGGGUUUGAGGGUGGGUCAUGCAAUUUGGCAUGAUAUGGAUAAUUUGUAGUGUGACACAUGUUAUUUGUAAUGAUUCGUUAAAGUUAUCUAUUAUAUUAAAAGUUGAUUAUAAACAUAA